AUGCCUUCAGAACCGCUUGAAGAACUAAAAUGUCUGUUUGUUGGCGAUAUGUAUAAUUUUGCAGUUUACCGAGAAAAGUACGACAAAGAGGUAGCAUUUAUCUCUUCUCUUGGCGAUUACUUCUUUGCAAAUAAGGCUAUCAAACCCCUGGCUGGAGUAUGGGCUUAUGGAUGGACGUAUUUUCCAGACUUCCCAGAACCAGACAAAAUUAGCGCCAGCCACAGCGCUUUUUCAAAAGAAUUGGACAGAAUGGAGUUAUGUUACCAUAAGGAUCCUUUGUCAACAGAAAAGUGA